GACACAAUUCAUUGAAUGGAUAAACUCCCACACGCACUACUCCUCGAGAUACUGAGUCGACUCACCGACUCAGCCGACGUAGCUCGGUGCCGACUCGCUUCAAAAUCGUUCAAUUCUCUCUCAUCAGAUCUUCGAUCGAUCAAUCUUCAAUGCUCAUUGAUCAGGUACAUCAAAUCAAGGUCUAGGGUUUCAAAUUCACCAAAUUCAUCAAAUUCUCACCAAUCGAUUACACCUUUCAAGUCAAUUUUCAUUAAUUUAUUAUCGAAUUUGCGAAUCGUUGAGUCGGUGUGUAUCGGCACCGAGAAACCACUCCGAGAUGUGUCGUACGACGACGUAGAGGAUGAGGCGGAUGAUCUGUUCUUAACGGAUGGUGAUUUUGUUCAGGAGUGGUUACCUAGGGUUUGUAGCGAGUUGAAAUUGUUGUCGAUUUCGGAUUUUUGGAUUCAGUCGUGUUGGCGGAGAUCAAAUCUGUUGCCGUUGGUUUCGAAGUAUUGUCAUAAUCUUAUUGAGUUAGAAGUGAAGAACGCAUGGCUAUCAGUCGACAAUUUGAAUCCAAUGCCAAUGCUAACAACUUUGACUCUUGAAUUCAUAAGAUUAGAUGACGAAGAUUUAACCGAGUUCAACAAAUGUUUUUCAAAUCUUCAAGUUCUUAACUUAAUCGGUGUCGGAGGAUUUAAACAACCGAAAAUCCACCUGCACAACUUGAGAACCUGUCAUUGGGCCGUAUCUAAUGCUCCAUCGUCUUUAACUAUAAUCACACCUAACCUCGUUACACUCAAACUCGAAUGUAUAAGACCCGUUUCACUUUGUAUCGAAGCUCCUAAAUUAUCCAAUUUCCAUCUCGCAUUUGAUCACGCAGACGCGUUUUCAGUCAAACAGUUUGAGAAUUUGAGAAAUUUUUGGGUCGAGUGUUUGUAUAUUGAUUCCUUACUUUUAAACUUCCCAGUUACUCAAACGGUAGAAGAUUUAACAUUGGAUUCCCGAAAUUGGAUACGAGGAGUAGUAAAAGAUUCCCUGUUUACGUUCGAGAAAGUGUUCACUGUUUUCCCGAACAUGAGUUCGUUAUGUAUCAAGUCAAGUGCUUGGUUGGAACUGGAGUCGAGCUACAACCCAUUAGGUUGGGAUUGGGAUGGGCGGAACGGGUUUAAAAAGUUGUGUGUGUAUUUGUUGUUAGUUGACCCGUCGUUGACUUUUUCGUCUGUUUCUUGUGUGUUGGACCAAUGCAUCGGGUUGUCAGAGGUGUCGUUGCUUAUACACCGUGAUGUCGUUGGUAAUGUAUCGAAAAGUUUCAUCUCUAAGUGUACUGCUCGUUGGCCUAAAUUGAAGUGGAGAUGGGGCGUUUGGAAGGAAGGAAUGGAGGAUUCGUGGUUAACCGAUGGUGCAUUUUAGCAUUCGGGUCUCGAUCGGGGUAAGUUUUUAAAAUUUAUCUUGAGGUUUCAUGUUCAUCAUAUGGAAUGACUGGCCUGUAAUGUUGUGAUUUGUUUGAAUGUAUGUGUAAAUAUAUAAUUAUAUGUAAUCUGAUGUGUAUAAGGAUGCAGAUAAUAUGAUCAAAGCUUUUCUUGAUCUAGAUGAUAAUACGGAGUCGUUUUGGAUUUGGGUUUA